AUGACGGGUCUCUCCCCUCGGAAUGACAAGAUUCUGGAGAUUGCCGUGCUCAUUACGGACGGCAACUUGAAACUGAUGGACGAAGGCGUCGAGUUCAUUGUUAAGAUGGACAAGGGAACGCUUGACAAUAUGUCGGAGUGGUGUAUCAAGACUCACGGCCAGACUGGUUUGACUCAGGCGUGUCUCGACUCCCCUUACACGAGCGAGUUUGUGCAAGAACAAGUGCUUAACUAUAUCAAGAGGUGGAUCCCUGCGAAAAACACGGGCAUGUUGGCCGGAAAUUCUGUGCAUAUGGACAAAAUGUUCCUCAUGGAACAGAUGCCGGACAUCAUCGACUACUUGCAUUAUCGCAUAAUCGGUGGGUCGAAGUCGCGCGUCGGUGGUAUCGACCACCCGCCACGAGGAGAUCCCCUGAAGAACCCAUGCACAGAGCACUUGAUGAUAUCAAAGGUUCCAUUCGAGAAUAUCUUUAUGCCUCCACACCUGGCCCCACCCGUAGACCCGACCCGAAAAUAUUAG